GGCCCAUACCUUUCAAUGCGUUUCGUUCCCUUGUGAAUGGUUUUGUGCAUUGAUUCCGUCUGUGUAACUUGUAUUCACCGGAGAUGCUGAGAUUUGGAAAGUUUCCCUUAUGUCAUAGUUGGGUGUGAAUAGUCUCUUUGUUGGACUUUUUUUUCAUAUGACUCUUGCGUUUGCUCUAUGCUCGAUUCUCUUCUUACUAUAUACAUGGUUUGUGUAUACAUCCUUUGUAUGUAAAACAUCUUGUCAAAUCCCUGAGGUUUCUUCAGAAUUUCUUUUCUGGCCACCAGAGUUCUUGGCCCAAAGUUAGGACCAAUGUCCAACUUAGAUUUUGAUAUAGAUUAUUAUCUGAAUCGUUUUAUUCCUUCCCCUAGACUUUACAUUCUCCCAACGCCAAUAUCCUGGUUCCUUGGAUAUCGAAGUAAGCCGAGGUCUCGAACUGGUAGUCUAGUUGUUUGGUUUUGGGCUUUCAUUGGAGCUUUCUGCGGCAUUGCGAUUGUCGAAAAUAUAUACCGACUUCCAUACUUCAAGGAACGUGGCACUCCAUUGGUCAUCGCAAGUUUAGGCGCUGCCGCAAUUUUAGAAUAUAACACAAUCGAUUCUCCUCUCUCCCAGCCACGAAAUGCAAUUUUGGGUCAACUAUUCGCCUCCAUCAUCGGCGUCGGCAUAACAAAACUGUUCGAACUUAGUCGAGACUUUGAGAAUCUACGAUGGUUGGCUGGUGCUCUUUCAGUCGGUGUGGCUUCUGCUGUGAUGGGCUUGACCAACACGAUUCAUCCACCCGCUGGAGCUACUGCUUUGUUGGCUGCUACGUCACCUGAGAUCACGGAGAUAGGGUGGUUUCUAAUACCUUUGGUCCUGCUAGGGAGCGUUCUUCUGGUUGCUAUCGCUUGUCUCGUGAAUAACAUACAGAGGACUUUCCCCAUAUACUGGUGGACGCCGCAUUCGCUAAGCAGCCGGUCUGAAGAAGAUACCGAGAAGAGUUCAGAAAGUGCUAGUGGAGUGGAACAGCCAACCGAAAUUCAACACACUUCCGAAGAAGGAACAAUAAAGAUUGAUAAGCAUCACAUUAUUAUACCUAGCUGGUUGCCAUUGGAGUACGAAGAGAGAGCAAUAUUGGAGGCGAUGCAGACCAGGCUACAGCAGGGGUUGCAGAAUUCAAGGACAUCAGGAAGUGAUCGAACCUUAGUUAGAUGAGACUGUAAAUAUGUAAACUGUGUAAUCUUGGAUAUAUAAGUUAUUUGACAUAAUGUGUAGUUUGAAUUGGUAUGAACGAAACCCUUCA